AUGAAUCUCGUUUCAAAGCCCACAGAAAAUCAAUUCAAUUCUCGUCAAGAUGUACUUCCUUUAACAUUCAGAUUAUUUCCCCAACGUAGUGAUUCUGUCGAUAAUCGUGCACCACCCUCCAAUAACGGUUUACAACGCCAUUUAUCUCAACAAGACAUCGUCAAUCCUCCCGAUAGUGAAAUUCUCGAUUUUCAAACCAUUCCAACGUCACCAUUUCGUUUAUUUGGUUCAACAACAUCUGUAUCGAAUUCCAAUCCAGUAAAAAAGCACUCAGCAACGGAUAAAGUACGACGAAAGCGAGCGCCCAAAACCGAUGAUAAUUCUGACGGACAAAAAGUAAAACGACGUAAAAGUGAUAUGAAUAUGAGCCAAUCCAAACAACAACAAACAGAACCUGUAGUAUCUACGAUGUUACUACAAUCAUCUGCGGAGAAGAAAUAUUCUACUGAGACAAACAAAAAUGUUGCGAAUUAUCGCGAAAUUGGAUUCUCUCCUGCCUCGUCUGCACAAAGUGAUUCGUGUUCUAAUUCAAAUCAUACAUCCGAAUCAUCGAGUAUAUCAACAGUCAAUUCCAAACUAACUCAGACUGAAAUCACGGGAUCGAUAAAUUCUGCAUCCAGCGAACUUGAUGCCAAGAACAGUCAAAUACAAAGUUUAACUAGAGAACGAGAUGAGUUACGUCGACAAAUAGCCGAAACGAAAAAAGAUUUCGACAAACAAAGUAAUAUCCUGCAAAAAUGCCUGGCUGUGAAUAAAAAAUUACUCGUCGAAAAGUCAACAUUAGAACGCAAACAAGCACGACAAAAAUGUAUGGAGAAUCGAUUACGAUUAGGUCAAUUUGUGACACAACGACAAGGCGCAACAUUUGUAGAAAAUUGGACAGACGGUUCCGCAUUUACUGAUAUUACUAAACAGCAAGAAAUGCUACAACGAGCGCGAGAAGAACUCGACCGUGAACGGCGUAAUCUACUACGUCGCCGACCGAAUUGUGAAGUGAAAGAGAAACCGCCGAAAACACCGAAUUCCAAAUCCAGAACGAAGGAUCGCACGGGUGGAUUUGUACCUCAAGAUGAAAGUAGCAAUGACGAUAUGAAGACAAGCAAUGAUGCAAAUAAAGCGUUAUUAGUCAGUGAUUGGAAUGAAUCAGAUGAAAUCCUACGUUUGCGUCAAGCAUCGCUGAAGAAAGAAGAGAUGGAUCUUCAAAUAGAAUAUGAAAAACUCGAAAGAGAGCGAAAUUUGCAUAUACGCGAAUUGAAACGUAUCUACAAUGAAGAUCAUUCCAGAUUCCAAGAUCAUCCUGUGCUCAAUGAGCGAUAUCUACUAUUAACAUUGAUUGGAAAAGGUGGUUUCAGUGAAGUUCAUAAAGCAUUCUGCUUGAAAGAACAACGAUAUGUUGCAGUUAAAGUUCAUCAACUCAACAAAGAAUGGAAAGAAGAAAAGAAAGCGAAUUACAUCAAACAUGCAUUGCGUGAAUGUGAUAUACUCAAAACACUUGACCAUCCUCGAAUUGUUCGCUUGUACGAUGUAUUCGAAAUUGAUAGCGAUUCAUUCUGUACUGUCCUUGAAUAUAUCGAAGGCAAUGACAUUGAUUUCUUCUUAAAACAACAUAAAUAUAUUCCAGAGAAAGAAGCUCGAUCAGUCGUUAUGCAAACUGUCAGCGCGCUAAGAUAUUUGAACAAUGGCAUCAAACCACCUGUGAUUCAUUUCGAUCUUAAACCGGCGAAUAUCUUAUUGGGCACUGCUACCAGUAGCGGAGAAAUCAAAAUCACAGAUUUCGGCUUAAGUAAACAGAUGUGCGAAGACACCUAUGAUCCUGAACACGGCAUGGAUUUAACUUCGCAAGGUGCAGGAACCUAUUGGUAUCUUCCGCCCGAAGUGUUUGUUCAAGGACCGAACCCUCCAAAAAUCUCUUCAAAAGUCGAUGUAUGGAGUUUAGGUUGUAUUUUUUUCCAGUGUUUAUACGGACGAAAACCUUAUGGACAUAAUCAAUCCCAAGCUGCAAUAUUAGAAAAUCAAACAAUACUAAAAGCCAAAGAAGUCGAAUUUCCAGCCAAACCAAUCGUAUCCGAUGGAGCAAAAACAUUCAUCAGACGUUGUUUAACGUACAAUGUCCGCGAUCGGCCAGAUGUAAAUCAAUUGAGUGAUGAUGAAUAUCUUCGUUCAUAUCCGAAACGUUCGACAACAAGUGCAUCAGCUCGAACAGCUCAACUAUCCAUGAAUGACAGUUCGAACUGA